UUUACUCUGAACACCAGGCCGUCUUUCUUGAGUCCUCUCAGCCCUCCUGCUGCCUCUCCUUCAGCUUCAGCUUCCAUGCAGGCCGGGCUCCAUGGCAGAGGACGCUGAGAAAGGCCCCUGCGUGCAUGUCUGCAUCCUGCUGAUCAUCGGGGUGUGCACAAUAAUCUGGUGCUCAUUGUGGAAGGAGAGCGCUUGUGACAAAUUUUCCAAGCGCAUCCAGGAGGAAUGUUCCAACUACUCCCCGCCUGCAAAUGCCCAGCUGAGGCGGCGGAGUUUCUAUGAUGAGGUCCGGCGGCGAUGCUCCCUCUACUCCCCUCCCCCGGAUGCUCCCCUGAGAUUAGAUAAAGACUGCAACAAGAUAGCAGAGGCAUUCACGAAUGCAGUUGCUUCUAAGGACCCUUGCUACAUUACAGCAGAAGACUAUCUACCACUGAUGGAGCUGGUGAAUCAAGAAAUACCUACAGACAAGGUCCUUUUAUGGAGCAAAACACAAGAACUGAAGGAACAGUACAUGAAGGCCGGAGGGAAGCUGCUCACCCAGGAGCACAUGCUCGUGAGCCAUAUUGCUGAUAACCUCAUGUGGUGUGGAAACAAAGGCUCUUCUGAAGUGAAGUAUGGCCUUUUUCGAGAAGAGAAUGGAAUCUGCCCUUUAUAUCCUACACGUGUAUUCUGGGAAGUGGCGGCCAAAUGGUUCGCAGAAAACAACCGUGGACAGGUUCAUGUGUUACUCAAUGGGUCCAGCAGUGAGUCUGUUGCCUACAAUGAAACCAGUGUUUUUCGAUGUGCGGAAGUCCCUAAUUUGUCUUUAAAGGUUACCGAACUACAUGCCUGGGUGAUCUGUGACUGCGGAGUAAAUGUCAGGGACUCGUGCUCAGGCGCCUCCAUAAAACAACUGGAAUUGGAUUUAAGACGAUAUGUAAGACCUGACAUUGUAUUUACUUGUGAGGAUAUGGACAGGGAGACAUUUCUUCAACGUGUGAAAAAUUAUGGGAGUUCACAGUCCAAAUCUGUAUUAUGGAACAUGAUCGGUGUUAUUAGAGGCAUGAUCCGUUCAAUUGCUGAACUCUAUUUUCUUUUUUAUGAGCCUUUCCUCUCCCCCACUGUGCUCUUCUCUCCAGAGCACUGCUGUGACUUUCAUCUUGUCUGGACGUGA